AUGGUUAAGGACGUUGAAUGCGCCUUCUCGUCUUGGGAGCUGCAGUCAGAUGCAGUGAAGGUGGAACCACUAAGAUACGCUGAGGUUAGCAAGGCAGUCAAAAGCGGUGUGGCUGCGAACCUUCCCGAUCCCCUUUCACGUUACCUUCUGUACGAUAAUCCGGAUGUGAAUCGCUCAGUCUUUCUCGAUCAACGGUACAGAGUCAUAUACUCUCUCGGAAUUUCGGACGCAGUACACCGCCAUGUUGCUUUCACAGUCAACCAUGGCGAUUCGCUAAUCAUUUUGGAGCCUGCACCAAACUCACUGCCGCCCAAGAAAUGUCUUGAGCGCAUCGCAGGUGCUGUACGUGGCACGAUCGUUCGCUAUUUGGAGCUUUUCAACUCAAAGGAGCAGAAGAAGCGAAGCAAGGAAUUCAAGGAACAAGUAGAGGCUACUUUGAAGACCACCAUUGGCGACCAGGUCGACGACAUGAUGCUCUUGGAAGGGUUCUGUACUACCCCAGACAAGCAGGGUCGAGGAUACGGGACUGCACUGGCCAAGCAUGUCGGCGCAAUAGCUGAUGCCCAAGGCCGCUCGACAUGGCUGUUGUCCUCCAACGUGGCCAACACGGGCUACUACGAGAACUUGGACUUUUGGACCGUAGGCGAGUUCUCCUUGGGAGACAACAACCCAACAUGGAAGAAGCCUCCGAUAAUCAUUAGAAUUAUGGUCAGGAAGCCACACGACACGGCCCAGGAUUCGGACUUCGAGUCGGUCACGGAAUAUAAGUAG